CGGAUCGGCGGGGAGUGGGCCCGGCUGUGACCUCGAGCGGCGGUCGGGCAAGAUGGCGGCGGCGGCGGGGCGGCUGUCCCUGAAGGUGAAGCUGGCGCGGCAGCUCAGCACGACGGCGGCGAGGCCGGUCUCCAAGCUGGUUAAGCCCCCCAUCCAGGUGUACGGGCUGGAAGGGCGCUACGCCACCGCGCUGUACUCCGCCGCCAGCAAGCAGAAGAAGCUGGAGCAGGUGGAAAAGGAGCUGAGCCGAGUGUGGACUCUCUUGAAGGACCCCAAGCUAUCCAGUGUUGUUAUGAACCCUCAUACCAAGAGCACGGUUAAACAAAAAGCUGUGAAUGAUGCUUUAGCUAAAGAGAAGAUGUCCCCUAUUACUGUCAACUUGAUGAAUUUGCUUGCUGAAAAUGGUCGCUUGCGUUACACUCCGGACAUCGUUUCUGCGUUUGGGAAGAUCAUGAGCGCGUACCGAGGAGAAGUGGUGUGCACAGUCACCACGGCACAGCCCUUGGAUGAUGCCAACCUUACUGAGCUAAAAAGUGCUCUGAAUGGAUUCUUGGCUAAGGGAGAGGUCUUGAAGCUGGAGACCAAGACUGAUCCGUCGAUCCUUGGUGGCAUGAUUGUCAAUAUCGGGGAGAAGUACGUGGACAUGUCAACAAGGUCUAAGAUCCAGAAACUCACCAAAAUCAUGAGAGAGACUGUCUAGCAAGCUGUCCUGGUCAUUCACAGUAAAACCUGUCAGAUGGAAACAAUAAAGUUAUUUCUUCUGGAA